AUCUUUGUAUUUUUGAUCAAAAACUAAAGAAAGUAACUACAAAGAAUUGUAAGUGCUACAGAAUUUCGGACUAAAUUUUGGCAAUGCAAUGGCACAAGACCUUAACGCCGCUCGGACGUCAGUACUCUGGCAGCAGCUUGGCGGGGCGACUAGUGGGGCUAACAAAUCUGCGCAGGGCUACGCCGGCGGCGUAUCGCAAGGUGCGUGAUAUUGUUUGCACUUAUGAGAGGGCGGGCGGCAUUGGCAGCGAUUUGCAGCUGACGGCGAAUGAGAAACAGGCCAACGAUGUGAUCAUGGCGCUGAAGCUGGCCGAGUACCAGCGCGGCAUAAUGGAUCCCACUCAAUUUGCGCCCGGCUAUCACAUAUUCCAGAUGCUGUACAAGAUCAAGCAGUCGCCGCUGUUCAAGGUCAUUUCGAGCAUGCCCAAGGGCGGCGCACUAAAGACACACGACACCUCCAUGUGCAGCAGCGAGUUUCUGAUAAAGUUAACACACAAGCCGCAUCUGUGGGUGUGCACCAGAGAGGAUGGACGCCAAUACGAAAUUGUGCAGUUUCGUUAUGCCAGAGAGCAGCCCAGCAGCAACCACCAGGACUGCAGCUGGCUGCGCAUGGAGGAGCUGCGCGAGAGUCGUGGCGAUCGCAAUGUGCAUGAAUAUUUGCGCGCGCGCUUCAGCAUGUACCCGCUGUCUAGGCCGCAGUCGAAUGCGGAUGCUUGGAGCAACAUGAUGAGCAUUUUUCGACUGGUCGAUGGGCUGGUGAAGUACGAGCCCAACUGGGGCGAGUAUUACUACAAUGCGCUGAAGGAGUUCCAUGCCGAUGAGGUGCAGUAUGUGGAGGUGCGUUCGCUGCUGCCGCGUCUGUACUCGCUGGACGGGCAGAAGCUGCAGGUCAGCGACACUGUCAAAGUGUACAAUGAGCAGCUGCAGCGCUUCAAGCAGCAGCAUCCCGACUUUAUUGAUUCGAAACUCAUCUAUGCGCCGCUGCGUCACAUUGAUGCCGCCAAACUGGCGACGCAUGUGAAGCUCUGCACUGAGCUGAAUGCAGCGUAUCCAGAGCUGCUGAUUGGCUUCGAUUUGGUGGGCCAGGAGGAUUUGGGCUAUCCGCUCAGCGCCUUUGCCAUGGAGCUGCUCAAACUGCCGCAGCAUAUUAACUUUUAUUUCCAUGCCGGCCAGACCAACUGGUACGGCUCGCCAGUCGAUGAGAAUCUGGUGGAUGCUGUGCUGCUGGGCACGCGUCGCAUUGCCCAUGGCUAUGCGCUCUGCAAGCAUCCGCUGAUCAUGCAGCUGGUCAAGCAGCUGGGCAUUGCCAUUGAGGUGUGCCCCGUGGGCAACCAAGUGCUGCAGCUGGGCACGGACUAUCGCAAUCAUCCCGCCGCCAGCUUCAUAGCCAACAACAUACCCUUUGUCAUCAGCUCGGGCAAUCCCAGCUUCUGGCGCACCACGCCGCUGUCCCAUGACUUCUACUUGACCUUUCUAGGCAUUGCCCCCAUGAACGCGGACUUGACUUUUCUGAAGCGUCUGGCCAAGAACUCGAUUAAGUACAGCGCGCUGAAGGAUGAGGAUAAGGCCAAGGCAAACGAGAAAUGGAAACUGAAGUGGGACAAAUGGAUCGAUGACGUCAUUGCUCAAAGGGAUGAGCUCUUUGUGGCCGAAGCCAAGCGUAAAGCCGAAGUGCAGAAAUAGAAAUUGUUCAAUGUUUGUAAGCUUCAUAUUUAUUAUUCAGAUUAUAAAAUUGUAAGCAAAGUAUGCAAC